AAGUGUCACAGGAACAUCCAAACCAUUGCCACAGCGCAGUGUAUAAAAUUACUACCAAGUCUCCUCUUCCUUUAAGGGUGGAGGAGAUAAAUCCCUCAUCCCCGGUUGAUUCACACACUGCCGACAUCUCGGCUCACCGGCGACGGCAAACUCCGGCUAGAAAAAAAGCAGAGACUCCAUGCGGCAGCUCCUCGAGGCACCGCCGCCGGCAAAUGGGAGCAAACCACGCAGCAGCGCGUACGGCGGAGGCGGCGCCGGCGCCGGCAACGCCAGCUUCGACACCAACAUGGUCAUAAUCCUUGCUGCUCUGCUCUGCGCAUUAAUAUGCGCUCUCGGCCUCAAUUCCAUCGUCCGGUGCGCUCUCCGGUGCGGCCGCCGGCUCGCCUUCGAGACCCCUGAGGAGGCUGCCGCUAGGCUCGCCGCCACCGGGCUCAAGAAGCGGGCGCUGCGACGCUUACCGGUGGCGGUCUACGGCCCGGGGACCAACAUACCUGCCACCGACUGCCCGAUAUGCCUCGGGGAGUUCGCCGACGGCGAGAAGGUCCGGGUGCUGCCCAAGUGCCACCAUGGUUUUCAUGUCCGGUGCAUCGACACGUGGCUUGCGUCGCACUCGUCGUGCCCGACAUGCCGGCACUCGCUGCUCGAUCGGGGUGGAGGGGACUGCACCGACGCCGGAGAGAGUUCGGCAGGGCAUGGUGACGGAGUGGCGGUGGUGGUGGAUGAGGUGAGCUGAACCUGACCAAUUGGAGGUCUUUGUUGCUUCUAAAAGCUUCCUAGAUUUGUUCAUGUAUAUUGGAGAGUUUUAUGAUGUUUUGUUGUGUUUUUAUUUUGUGCUGCUUGUAAAUUUGUAGACUGAGUAGACAAAUCAUGAAAGUGAAGAUAGAAGGGGAAAAGAAUGGAAAUUAGAUUUUUUUUU